GAUGACAAAAUGUCCAAUCCAUUCGUCCACAAUUUCGAUUAAUUUGAAACAAAGGAAACUCAUAAAGAGAAAAGCUGACUGCAAAUAGAGCGAUUAACUCGAAGAAAACAGUCUCGGCGAGAGAAGUGCAAAAAAACGUGCGUGCAUGGUCGUUAACGCACAUUUUUUUACUUUUUACCGCUGAAACAUUCUUUUCAGACAAAAAAAAGAAAAGUAGCUGACGCGAUAGCUGCUUCGCACGAUCUAAAUACUUACACAGGAAUAAUAAUUUCAAUCGCCGCUGGAGAAAUUUUAACGUUCAUUUAUUAUGUAACUACAAUGCACCAUUGCAUUUCUCCUCUUGUUACUUUUCUUAUUGCUUUUGUUAAGCAAUUUGCAUACGUAUAAGUUAAAGUACAAUUACGUAUACAUAAACCUCUAUAACAGGAAAUGAUUAUCGACCGAUAGAAAUCACAGUGAACGAGAUGAUAUAAUAACAAUAAAUCAUUUUGGAACUUUCAAAUGUUUCUCAUUAAUACUGACCGUCCUAAUCUUUACUAUUACAGUAGACCCUUGUUAUAUUGCCAUAUAAACGAUUCGAUGUUAACAUGGACUUUCAAGCAUUCUAGUGCCGCUCCGCGGCAAUAUAACGAGGGGCUACUGUAAUUCUAAAUAGGACCAUCCCCAUCAGUGGCGCAACCAGAAAUGUUUCAAGAGAAUAAUUUUUUCCAUACCCUAUUAGCACCAUGAUAAUAUUAAGUAUAAUUUUAUAUUUAAUCUAAUUUUUUAAUUGAGAGUCAACUGCCUCGUUUGAUUUGCAUCGUUCUUCGAUUAAACUUUUUUGUGGUGUUAUCGCUCGAAACUAAUGGCUUACGCUUUUUCUUCUUCUUCCCCUCCCAGAAGACUACUUUCGUUAUGCUCCAAAUCCUCCCUUUACUCCUCUCCAUAUAGAAAAUACAAAGUGGUAAUAAAGCAAGUAGUCUCGAGUUUGCCAGCCAGUCAGUUCUCGCGUUUCUAACAAUGAGUUCCGACGAUCGGUGUCUGUCGGUUUAGUCGACAGAGAAAACAUGCUCGUUAAACGAAAACGGAAAAAAUGGAGAACCUAUCGUGGAUAAUAAAAUUCGCCACGACCGUUCUUCCGUUUCUCCAUUUGUUUGGAUUCGGAAUGAAUGUCGUGUGGAUAACAACGCUUUUGACCGUGGUGUUUCUUUUGGAGUUUCUACUGGUGGCGAACGUCGAUGGAAUCUUUUUCCCGUCCUUGCUAUCAUCGUCGAAAGUGAAAACCAACUUUCCAACCACGGGGAAACUCGGAAAUGAAGAUGCGAAGGUCGAGGAUGGUAAUCGUAAGGAAAAUAAAGAGAAGCCUCAUAUCGUCAUCAUUCUCGCCGAUGAUAUGGGAUGGAACGACGUGAGCUUCCAUGGAUCCGAUCAAAUUCCUACACCGAACAUCGAUGCCCUUGCGUACAAUGGAAUCAUCUUAAAUAAUCAUUAUGUUCCCGCGUUAUGCACGCCGAGUAGAACUGCUCUAAUGACCGGAAAAAAUCCCAUUCAUCUGGGUAUGCAACACUCCGUUCUUCUUCCCGCCGAACCUCGAGGACUUCCGUUGAGCGAAAAACUGCUCCCAGAGUAUUUAAAAGAAACAGGCUACAGAACACACGCGGUUGGCAAAUGGCAUCUGGGAUAUUUUAGAAAAGAAUACACUCCAACGUAUCGCGGAUUCGAUUCUCAUUACGGCUAUUGGAACGGUCUUCAAGAUUAUUACACUCACAUUACACAAGAACAAGGUAUCAAUGACUUUAGAGGUUUCGAUAUGAGACGAAAUCUCACGGUUGCUUGGGAAACCCAAGGAAAAUACUCGACUGAUCUUUUCACGAACGAAGCGGUACGGCUAAUUAAAGAACACGACACGAAUCAACCGAUGUUUCUGUACCUGGCGCAUUUAGCACCUCAUAAAGGAAACCCAAACCAGCUACUAAGAGCAUCCGACAAAGAUAUCGCCAAGUUUUCAUACAUUCUCGACCCUGAAAGGCGAAUACAAGCUGCUGUCAUUUCGAAAUUGGACCAAAGUGUUGGCGAGGUAAUAGACGCCCUGAGAAAUCGCGGCAUGUUAAAAAACAGCAUAGUGCUGUUCAUGAGCGACAAUGGGGCGCCAACCGAAGGUCUCCUGAGUAAUCAAGGCAGCAAUUAUCCCCUACGAGGCAUAAAAGAUAGCCCAUGGGAAGGGGGAACGAGAGGAGUGGCAGCGAUCUGGAGUCCUUUGAUCAAAGAGCCAAGAAGAGUUUCGAAUCAAAUGAUGUUUAUGGCCGACUGGUUUCCUACCCUUCUGUCUGCAGCAAGAGCGGAGAGGAAACAUCUCGGAAACAUCGAUGGAUUCGACCUCUGGCCAGCUUUAAUCUCGGACAAGAUCAGUCCCAGAUCCGACAUAGUCCUGAAUAUCGACGAUAUAAGUAACUACUCUGCUAUCAGACGGGGCGAUUUUAAGUACGUUAUCGGUCAGACGGAAACUGGCCGCGCUUGGCUUGGAGCAACCGGAAACUCUUCCGAAGGUGUCUCCCCCAAAUACGAUCCUUUCAAAGUGCUGUACAGCAAAGUUGGUGUCGCUAUUUCCGGCGUGAUUACCGUCAAACAAGCGAUGGAAUUGGACGAGAGAAGGAAGAACGUACAAAACGGCACAAAUAUUCCUCUGAAAACGGAUUUCCAGGCUAAGAUACUCACCGCUGACAAACUUCUCGAAUUACGGAAUAACGCGCGGGUACAAUGUAACGUCAAGGAAGAAAACAAGAUUCCUUGCGAUCCAACCGAAGCACCCUGUCUCUUUAACAUAGAAAAAGAUCCAUGCGAGAUGGUGAACCUCGCUGAAAGAAGACCAGUGAUUUUGGCUAUUCUCGAAAGGGUCCUGACGAAGUACAGACUUACGAUGGUACCUCCAAGUAACGUUCCAGAUGAUCCGAAAGCAAAUCCAUUGCUUUGGAACAAUACCUGGACCAGUUGGGACGAUCCAAAUCCACUAGCAUUAGCUUUCAAGAUUAAUGAAUAUCAUACGCGUUCCGGACCCGCGAUUGCGGUAAUGUCCAUCAUUUGCGGCCUUUUCGUCGUCGGUGUUAUAACACUGUUCGCCCUUAAAUGUGGCAAGUCUAACUCAAAUCAUACGGAGGACCACGAUUACGGAAACGGCCAAGAGACGGCUGUAUGCACCGCGAACUACGAUAACGACUCGUUAACGAUGUCGAAAAUUACAGAAGAUGCAAAACGGGAUAGCGAAGACAGAAAUUGACAGAUUCAAUCGAGAUGCACGAGAGUUGGGUCACUUUUGAUCAUUCCGAAGAUUUUCAAACUCUUCUGUGUUUGUCUCGAAAUUUAAUCAAAUGAAAUGCUUGAUAAUUAGACGAGUUGAUUAGAUACCUAAUUAAAUAUUAAACUUUUAAUUGCUGCUAUUGACGUUUAUGGACAUUCGAAAAAGUCCGGUACACUAUAGGCACCUUUAGAAGUUAAUUAAUUUUAUUAAUUAUACAAUCUCGUCAUUUUCGGUUAAAUACAUUAUCUGCCUAGAAAAAUCUUCAAUUAAGCUAUUGUCAAUAUUAUAGUUUUAAUUACUGUAACGAAGGAAAGAUUAAUUUAAUUGAUAAUUGUUAUCCCUUAAUUUUCACCUCGUGCAAUCUCGUUUCGUUUUCCUAUCAAAAAUAUCAUCCACAGGGUAUCUGAGUGUAUUAUAUCGUUGACAGGAUGACUUCGAUAGGAUUAAAUCAGUUCUAAACUAUGAGGUACCGCUUGCUCGGCAAGUUCGUUGUACUUACGUUCUUCAUUCAACAAAUUAUUACACUUGUAAAUAGUUCAUUAAAAGUACAGUUACAUUUAAUCUUCAUUCAUUGUUCAAACAAACGGUGCCCACAAUGUAAACGCUUUGUUGAAUAAAUACUUUGUUUUACAAUUCAUUCAUUUAUUUACCGAUGCAUUGAUCUUUCUGUACAAAAUUUCACGGAAAUAAGAAGUUCGAACCAUCGCGGUUAAAAAGCGAUUAACAUUUUACACUUGUUAGAAUUAUUUAUCCUUCAUCGUCCGACCAGCCAACAUUUCGAUCGAAUUUUUUUAUCCCUCUGACCUCGGACGACGGACCAGGGAGAAAGCCCAAAUUUUAAUUUAAUAUUUUAUUUCCUAUUAUAAUUAUUGUUCCUCCAAA